AUGAUUGGCCUUAAAAGUACUCUUAAUUGCAUAGAUAACUCCGGCGCACUCGUCGUUGAGUGCGUCAACAUCCUCAAGAACAAGGUCAACAAUGGAUGGGGCUCCGUUGGCGACGAAAUCGUUGUAGUAGUCCAAAGAGCGCGUCCUAUCUCUGCUGCUGCCCAGGCCUCAGUGAACGCUGUCAAAGUUCGUCGCGGUGACGUCCGACGCGCCGUGAUUGUCCGCACUCGCAAGCCGGUGCGAAGACCUGACGGAAGCUACAUUCGGUUCGACGACAACGCUGCCGUGCUCUUAAACAAUAAGAAGGAGAUGUUGGGGACGCGUAUUGGUGGAAUUGUUAGCGCAGACCUGAGGUUGAAAGGGUGGGGAAAGAUUGUCAGUUUGGCCCCCAGGGUUGUUUAA